AUCUUUUGAAGUAUUAAGAAAAAGAGACAAUGGAUGGAGAUUGUAGAAGAUGAGUUAAAAUCCCUGUGUUUACAUGAUUGUUAACCUCAUUCUUAUUGGCCAUGGAGAUGGGGAAGUAUAUUUUUUCCCUACUUUGCUAAUGAGAUAGAUAAUGGUAAGAGUAAUACCAUACCCGAUGAAACCAACAAAAGUAUGAAGUGUAUAUGAACAAAAUUGGUGCAACAUCCAAACUUUUUGAACAAAAAAUGUGUAUUAUGUUUCAUGGUUAAUGAGCAGAUGUUUUAUGUUCUGUCUUAGCCUGGCCAAUGAGCAGUUCUAGUUAAAUUUACAUCAUUAUUUCAGUUGAUUUUAUGCUUUAAUUUAUUUAGUUUUAAUACAUUUGUGCAGAUCUUUGUAUCUGCUACAGUGCUACUGGUCUCUUACAUGUCUAUUAUUUUUGGUACUUUUGUUGGUUUCAGGGGGGUCUUACUGCUACAGAUGUUUUUGCUGUUGAGUGGAUUCAGACUGGUAUUAUUCACUUUGGGAUGACCGUAUCCUAUUAUGGUUUUGUUAGCGAUGUUUUGGAACUUUCUGAGAAAUAUCAGAAGCACUUUGGUCCACUGCGCUAUUUUGUCGCUGGCUUCCUUAAGUUUUUGUGUUUACCUAAGUACAGCUAUGAAGUUGAGUAUCUUCCUGCAGCAAAAGAGGAUCCAGAAGGAAGACACUCUGAAGUUAUUGACAUGUCUGAUCUCUACACAGACAUUAUGAGGGGAUCAAGCAAAGAAGGCAUCCCCCGAGCUUCUAGUUUAUCAAGUAUUGACUCAAUAAUGACCCCUAGUCGGAUGUCUGGGGGUGAUUUAGAUACAACUUGUAGUAGCACUCAUGCUAGCGCUGAACCAUCUGAAUAUGUGCGUGGCCUAGAUCCAAAAGCAAAACGCCUAUCAUCUGGGAGAAGCAAUAUAACAGCUGAACCAGAAGUUAUUCAUCCUCAGUUACCACUAUCAACUACUACAAACUGGCCACGGACCAGAUCAAAGUCAAGGAUGGACAAAGGAUGGACUGGACUGACCACUGCACAUGAUCCGACAAGAUGUUCUUGGGGGAAUGUUGUAACAAAUGAUAAAGAAGAUAUAUCUUCAACAUUGUCUGAUCCAGGUCCAAUUUGGGAUGCUGAACCUAAAUGGGACAGAGAGGCUACUUGGGAUGUGGAAAAUCCAAUUGAAUUGCCAGGACCACCAGAGGAUGUCGAGGCAGGUAUAAAGAAGGAACUUGCACCAAGGAAUGAAGAAAAAUGGGUUGUUACUAAAGGUCAAUUUCUUGGCAUCCUUGUUUGCAACCAUGCGUGCAGAACGGUGCAAGGUUCUCAGGUGGUGGCACCAAAAGCUGAGCAUGAUGACAACACCAUGGAUUUGCUAUUAGUUCAUGGGAGUGGGCGAUUGAAGCUAUUGAGAUUUUUCUUGCUGUUGCAGAUGGGCAGACACCUUUCUCUGCCAUAUGUUGAAUAUGUUAAGGUAAAAUCAGUAAGGCUUAAGGCUGGGAAGCACACACACAAUGGCUGUGGCAUUGAUGGUGAGUUUUUCGCCCUCAACGGCCAAGUAGUCUCUUCAUUGCUUCCAGAGCAGUGCAGACUAAUUGGGCGCUCCCCUGGUCAUCACAUAUAAUGGACUGAGAGCUCUACCUUGUUUGGUUCUUUUUGUCUUUUCCUGGGAUGUGAACAAACUCUUUAUACUCGAGAAUGUGCAAUGCGCAGAGUCUCCAUAUACAAAACAGAAACAUCUUUCUGGUAUAUUCUUCAUUUAACCCCUUACCCAUUGUGCCAUUAUAUUCAUAUAUAUAUAUAUAUAUAUAUAUAUCUGAGGUGCCUGUAAAUCUUUUGUUGGGUCAUGUAUCUGCCACUCACUGAUUUUACUAUCAUCGUUUGCUUUAUUUGUAUUUGUAUUGUCGAGCAUUGAUGUCGAUGAAGUUAGGAGAGAACUAGUGGAUGGCCUGAACUGUCUCGAGUGAUAUAUAUUUGGGUGAUAUUAAUUCCAACUACAAAUAUACGUUCAGCUCUUGUAAUCCUGUUUGUUUCCCACCUUAAUGGUAAUAAUUUCUGCACCACUAACUAGUCACAGGUCACGAAAAGCUCAUCCUAAAGGGUAACAGCAACAGAGGAAAGAUGAGCAAAAUUGUUCCAGAUGGAGGUACAAUUAGUCAAUUACAGUUAAGGGUCAACAAAGUGUCGGAAACUAGCGCCAAUCACAAAAGUUACAUGUUGCAAAAUCAAAUUUACCCUUAAUCUAGCUAAAGGUCUUUGUUUGAACCCGUUCGAAAAUUCUAUCUUCAUCCCAAGAUGAGGCUGUAUGGACAAUGUUUAUUUAAAAUAAAUUCUCGCCGUAAGA